ACCGUCUCGUCUUUUAUUUCUCACCAGCCCUCAUAAAUACGAGGCCCCUACUUCUCUCCACCGACGCCGUAAGCGAGGAGCUUGGAGCCGGCGUACCACACGCAGCAGCCAAUCUGGCCGGGAUCUGACGCCGAUUUUGCCGGAAACAUGUCUUCCGGGUACAUGGCAUACUCGCCUUCACCCUCCACGGCUCCUCACUCUCCUCACAUCCCCGGCCUUCGUUCCGCCACCACCGCUCUCGUCGAGCAGGAGAAGUAUCUCUCGGAGUUGCUGGCAGAGCGUCAUAAACUUAGUCCGUUCAUGCCUGUGCUCCCAAAUUGCUAUCGGUUGUUAAACCAGGAAAUAUUGCGUGUAACCACACUGUUGGGGAAUGCAUCAAUUUUAGAUCAAAGUGGGCUUGAACAUGCUAGCACUUUGGCUUCUGGAGGAAUAUAUUCAAAUGGAGCUGAUGUGAACAGAUGGGCAUCACCGUUUCAAUCAGAAGUUUCAGGUCGAUUACAACCUUCAGCUGCACACAGCUGGCUCAGUUCCCCUAGUAGCUCAUCUGGUCUUAUUGUGAAGAGAGCAAUCAGGGUGGAUAUUCCCGUCGACAAAUAUCCUAGCUACAACUUCGUUGGGCGCCUCCUUGGUCCUAGGGGUAACUCUCUCAAGCGAGUGGAAGCAAGUACAGAAUGCCGUGUUCUGAUCAGAGGUCGUGGCAGCAUCAAGGAUCCAACUAGGGAAGAAAUAAUGAGGGGAAAACCGGGGUAUGAACAUUUGAAUGAGCCUCUUCAUAUUCUCAUUGAGGCGGAACUGCCGGUUGAGAUAGUUGAUGCUCGCCUAAUGCAGGCACGUGAGAUACUUGAAGAUUUGCUCAGGCCUGUGGACGAAUCUCAGGAUUUCUUUAAGAAACAGCAGUUACGAGAGCUAGCAAUGCUUAACGGCACACUUCGUGAGGAAGGUUCCCACAUGUCUGGGUCUGUUUCUCCCUUCCACAACAGCCUUGGUAUGAAGAGGGCCAAGACUAGGGGGUAGAGUAUUUCUUCCGCCUUGUGAAUGGGCUUUUGGAGCUUGUGUGUUAGUUUCCACCAGUAACAGCAGUUCCCACGCUACAGGUGCUGCUGUGGCGGCCAAUGCCUCCAACUGCCAUCGGGGCACUGGCACCAUUGUGUGCCAGUUCUAACUUAUUUCUAUAUGAAGUGUGUUUAUCUUCUAUUUGGUUGGUGGGGAUUUAAUCUUGGUAUCCCAUAGUUAAAGGACCAUUUGAGUUGGGGGGAUUUGCUUCUGUAUGUUGCUUUGGGGUAGUUUGGGUUGGAAUGCUCUCAACACUCUCUCUUUCUUCUCUCUCUCUUCAAGACUGUCUCUGUUUGUAUAAUUAACUUUAUUAUGAACUUUGUGAAGACAGUUUUGUAUGGUGAUUUGUGGGGGAGGGGAGGCCCCCCUUUGACACAAAUUGGGUCAGUUUAUGAUAUGGUUUGUAUACGAAGAGAGAGGCAGAUGAUGAUAUACCCUACCCUACUGCAUGCUAUCUGUGGGUUAAAACAUUUUAGUGUAGAUUGCAGGACUGUACUGAGUCGGUUUGUUGAAAGGCAUUCUUUAUGAGUUUGAUUGCAUACUAAAA